AUGGCCGCAUCUCAUCAGCUUCGUAUGAUUAGAGAGUCGGGUUUGUUUGAAAUUGGAAAGACCGAUAAUGCUAUAGACGGACAGAGUUUCGUGAAGUGGAAGCUAAAGAGCGUUUGGCAGAGAGUUUUUCAUCCGAGACGACUACGCCAACGUACACUCUGUCUUCAGCCUCUUGGAGAGUUGAGAAUAACAGCAGAGUCUAGCGGAGAAUAUAUAAGUGAUAGCAUACUAGACAAUCUGAAGAAAGUACUGGAAGCGUUCUUCUUAGGUCUCACAGUUGAAAUAUUGCCUCCUCUUGUGUUGAAUGAUUUGAAAUGUGAGAAAAGGAUUCACGAACGGACGAACAGGGUGCAGUGGCUUGUUACUGAUUUAUUGAUGCAUUUGAAAACAUUAAGGCCUCUAAGAGCUCUCUGUGUCGUUGGGAUUACUGUGGAAGAUUUGUAUCCUAGUGAUGAGUGGAACUUCGUAUUGGGCCAUGCUAUGUGUACGACGGGUUGUGCUGUGAUAAGUGUUGGCAGAUAUGCCAGCGAUAAUCCAAGAGAAGAAGUAAUGAUCAUGAAGCUAAAGAAUAUGAUUUGGAGACUUGCCAGGGUUGUUACCCAUGAGACCUGCCACUUACUUGGAAUGGGCCACUGUUACGGGUAUGUUUGCGCCAUGAACCAAAGCACGACUGUGCUUGAGGCCGAAUCACAGCCACUCGUAUUGUGUCCAUUAUGUCUGCGAAAACUUCAGCAUGUUUUGAGAUUUCAAUACCUAGAGAGAUACUGUAGUUUAAAGGCUGUCUGUUACCAACUUUCGCAGGCAGAUGGGGAUGCUUGUAUUACAUCGGAGGCUGUGAAUUCUACUGCAGACGUGCAAGUUGUUGAAUUGAGAGUAACACAAACAGUUGCUUCUGUGCAUAAAAAUUCUAACACAAUGGAUACCUCAUUCUCAGACGGAAAUUUUUUCGAGGUGACAUGUGAGUGGUUAAAUGCCGUUAUUGGCAAACUGACAAGGGAUGAAGACAUGUAGUCAUUAAGUAGCAGAGUGUGGCACAAAGGUACAGAUUUGUUUGUCUAUGUUGCAUGAUGAAUGAAAUUAACUUAAUUAAUUAAGUCAACAGUCCCAAGUUUUGUAAUAUUCAAAUACAUACCCAAUAUAGUUAUGAGGUCAACGAGUCUUAUUACCCUA